AAAAAGAAUCCAAACUCGAGUUCUCAUGCUGAGAAAAGAGGUCUCUUAAAAACAAGAUCACAAGUUCUGAAACUACAGAGAAAAGAAAUGCUGACAACAACUCUUAGUGGCAGCUAUGGCUUCCCUCUCUGCAUCUCUGGGAUCGCUCAGCAGUUAUCUCUCUCCAAAGAAAUGGCAGAUCAUGACAAUAGAAGGAAGGGGAUGAAAAAGAGAAGGAGAUCAGAUGAGUCCACGAGGCAAGGUGAAGAAAGAAUGAGUGUGGAGAGAUUCGAUGACCUAUGGCUUCAAGAGAUCGGAGAGAGUGAAGCUGUUAGAGAACUAGUUGCCUUAUUACAAGAUCUAGGGUCAUGGAGCUUUUCUUCUUACACAGCUAAGGCUGCUUAAUGUUCAAAGAAACUCAAAAAAUAUUCAGAUCUCAUCGAGUUAUGCAUGUUUCUUGUAAAACUAAAGAUCAAAAAACGUUAAAACAUUGUUGGUUGUUUUCAGUGUUGUUUACACGUCUGUUUCGUCGUUGGUGUGAUGUUUUGCUGCCCCUUUUGGCCUUAUCCUAUUAUUUUGGGUUUUCUUGUUCUGUUAACUCUAAUCUUUUAAGAUCAGCGAGUAUUUAAUUGUUUGUUAAUCUCUGUUAUGCUCAUCCGAUUGGAUUAAUAACA